CUAAUGUUCGCCAAACACGUGUUUCCCUGGGACAAUAGUGAAUGGUGCACACUUGCUUUGCCCAGCUACAUAUUUAAGAGUUGCUGGUGUAACAAUAGGAAUAAUAUAUUUGACUCCUCUCUGGUGAAUGCGACUAAUGAGGGAGACAGAACAGGAUCGCUGACGAGUCUGCCAACUUCCGGCGCCCCUUCCAAAAAAGAUGUCCAACAUCCCAUCAGUCUUUAUCCCAAUGAGAGUAGACAUUGUACAAACAUCUUCUCAUUGAACAACAGGAGUGGAGCUUCAGGAUGGUGAAGGAGGAGCCACAGCCCUUCCACAUUAAAGAGGAAGACAAGGCACCAGAGACUCUUCACUUGAAAGAGGAAGAGGAGGAACACAGCAUCAGUCAGGAGGGAGAGCAGCUUGAAUGGUUGGAGGAGUUUCCAGUGAUUGGUGUCAUUGUGAAGAGUGAAGAUGAUGAGGUCAAAGGUGAAAGUGAGGAGAAGAGAGAGGCGGAGCCUCCAAGCAGCAGCUCAACUCAACACAUGACAACAGAAGCUGAUGGAGACCACUGUGGAGGAUCACAAGCAGACAAGCUCUUAGCUCCACUAUCAGAUAGUGAGGACACAACGUCACACUCUCCUGACACUGAUGAUGAAGACUCUAAAGAUGAUAAGACAUGUCACACUGACAACACACACUUCACAUGUUCUCACUGCGACAAAACCUUUAAUGACCGUCGCAAUAUGAAAAGACACUUGAGAAUACACACUGGAGAAAAGCCAUUCGUGUGCUCAGUUUGUGGUAAAAGAUUCUCCCAGAAGGCAACUUUGAUAAGACACACAAGAAUACACACUGGAGAAAAACCUUUUUCAUGUUCAGUCUGUGGUAAAGGUUUCAUAGGAAGUGGUGACUUAAAAGUGCACAUGAGAAUACACACUGGAGAAAAACCUUUUACCUGUUCAGUAUGCGGUAAAGGUUUUAUACAAAGUCACUAUUUGAAAAUACACAUUAGAAAACACACUGGGGAAAAACCAUUUUCAUGUUCAGCCUGUGGUAAAGGUUUUAUACAAAGUGGUGAGUUGAAUGUACACAUGAGAAUACACACUGGAGAAAAAACAUUUAUGUGCUUAAUUUGUAGCAAAAGGUUCACCCAGAAGGCAAAUUUGAUAAGACACACAAGAACGCACACUGGUGAAAAACCUUUUGCCUGUUCAGAAUGUCAUAAAGGUUUUACGCAAAAACAGCAAUUGAAAAGACACGAGUACACACACACAGAGGAGAAAGUGUAAAGCUGUAGUGUACCAGUGUAAGAAACACAAGUGUGCUGGUGAGAAUUUCUCAACGAGCUAUUGCAAGGAAAUCAGGGAUUUCACCAUCUACGGUCCGUAAUAUCGUCAAAAAGUUCAGAGAAUCUGGAGAAAUCACUACACCUAAGCGGCAAGACCGAAAACCAACAUUGAAUGCCCGUGACCUUCGAUCCCUCAGGCGAUGCUGCAUCAAAACGCGACAUCAGUGUGUAAAAGGAUAUCACCACAUGGGCUCAGGAACACUUCAGAAAACCACUGUCAGUAACUACAGUUCGCCGCUUUGUCUGUAAGUGCAAGUUAAAACUCUGCAAUAUAAUACUUGCAAAUGUGACUCAAAAGUGUAUACAUCAAGAUGUAACAACUAGAAAGCAAAGUCAUCAUUGUCAGCUCAUUUUUAAAUAAAAUUCAAUAAAAAAAAUAGAUUUUUUUUUUAAAUGUGUAUUUAUUGACACAUGAACACACACAAGUACCGAAAAUUGGAACCAUUGAAUACCAUUGUCGAUUACUAGAUACCAGAAAUUUGGACCUUAUUGUUUCAAAUACCAAGUCCCCAUUGCUAGACAAAAGUCAUAUAGAAAGAUGGCUGUAACUUUCAAAAUGGAUUGCACGCCUAAUUCUGCUCACUUAACGUACGUAAUCCAUUUUGCACGUUUUGUUGAUUAGCUUUGUGUGUGCAAACAAUUUGGCACGUGUUUUAUAAUAAUAAUGAAUUUGAUUUAUACCUGUGACGAGGUGGCAACUUGUCCAGGGUGUACCCCGCCUUCCGCCCGAAUGCAACUAAGAUAGGCUCCAGCACCCCAUGCGACCCCGACAGGGACAAGCGGUAGAAAAUGGAUGUUACUGCAGUGUGUAAAUACUGUAUGGUACUACAGUGUGUGUAUAUGGUACUACAUACAGUAUCUAUAUGGUACUACAUACAGUAUAGUACUGGAGUACACUUGUUUUUUCUGUGAUGGAGACAUAGAAUCAACAGUACAUUUAUUUAAUGAAUGUAUGUACAGUAAAGUUCUAUAGGAUGAUGUACAUUAUUGGCUUUUCUCUAACAUUCCAAACUUGCCCAUGUUCUUACAUUUAUAUUGAUUUGGGGAUUCUAAGAAAGGAAAACCCACAAUAAUAGUAAUGGGUAUUUUGUAUUCAC